CUUCAUUUAGCUAAUAGAGAUCUAGUUACUUAUUAUCAUUCAAAGCAUUUUAGUUUCUAGGAGUUGCUCAAAUAUAAUCACGGCAGGCGCGGACGGGGCCGUCGGUACAGCGUGGACUGCUGCCUGCAUGGAUGCGAUGCAACUAUAGGCUAGCGCAUACGACCGGACACUACUCGCCGUCGACGUAUAUAUUACUCUGUGCUAGCAACGAAAUGUCAGCCCAUGACACACGAAGAUUUAUCCUGUUUUAACAUCUGAGUGCGCGGGUAUUUUGCUCGAGAAAACCGGCUGGCAACCCUUUCCAUCACAUGAUGAUGCAUCAUCCCUCGAGGAAACCGAACGACUAUCUUCCUAUCCCUCAGUUCCCCAUCCCACCAUCGCCAUCAAGCUCGUCACGAUUCGCAAAACGAGCCAUCCAUGCCCUCCUUCUCUUACUAGUCGGAGCCGUGGCUCUGUCCCAAUUCCACCUGGACCUCCUCCGACCGAAGUGCACCAAGCCCCAUCAUGGCUCUCCCCAUGCCGAUAAGAGCCGUACUUUCAGCUGGGACCAAAUCACGCCCACCAAGCACCUCAUCUACCACCCCUGCUUCGACGGCCACGAAUGCGCCCGCCUCGCACUCCCCAUGGACUGGAACCGCACCGACACCCGGGGAGCAGCGCAGAUCGCACUGGCCGUGAUCAGGCGCCCCGCCAAGGUCCCCGUCACCGAUCCGCGAUACGGCGGACCGAUCCUCCUGAACCCCGGGGGGCCCGGUGGUUCCGGGGUGAGUAUGCUCCUCAAGCGCGGGCGGCACAUCCAGACCGUGGUGGACGCGUCGGCGCAGCCGGCCGCACCGGGUGUGCACCCACCACCAGACGAAGGAAAGUUUUUCGACGUGGUCAGCUUCGAUCCCCGCGGCGUCAAUAAUACCACCCCGCCGUUCUCGUGUUUCCGCGACUCGGCCGCGCGGCGCGCGUGGAAGAUGCAGGUCGAGGCGGAGGGGAUUCUGGGGAGUUCGGAUGGGGUGUUUGAUGCGCGGUGGGCGCGGCAUGGGGCCUUGGGGCUUACUUGUACGCAGUCGCUGGGGGGUGCUCUGGUAGGAGAGGAGGGGGAUGAGGAAGCGGAGAGCGGCGACUGGAUAGGACGGUUCAUGAACACCCCGACUGUGGUUGCGGAUAUGGUCGAGCUCAUUGAGCGGCAUGGCGAGUGGCGAGAGCGCGAGACGGCGAGAAUUCUUGGCGAGAGGGGCUCGCUGGAGGGGGUUGUCGGCAGCAGUGAGGUAGAGGCAAAGGCAAAGGCGAUCCUCCGGCGCAAUCGCUGGGUGCCGGGCCAGGAGAAGCUGCAGUACUGGGGGUUCUCGUACGGGACGGUCCUGGGAUCCACGUUCGCCGCGAUGCAGCCCCAUCGCAUCCACCGGGCGGUGAUCGAUGGCGUGUGCGACGUCAACGACUACUACGCGGGCGGCUGGCUCACGAACCUGCAGGAUGCGGACGUGGCGUGGCUGUCGUUCUUCGAGCUCUGCAACGCCGUCGGUCCGGAGGUGUGCUCCUUCGCCUCCGGGCAGGGGGGUCUGCAGGCGACGAUCGAUCGCUACGAGAACCUCCUGACCACCCUCAAAGCGAACCCGGUCGCGGUCCCGGCGUCUGGGGACCGCGGCCCGGACAUUAUCACCUACAGCGAUGUGAAGAUGUUGGUCAUGCAGGGGGUCUACACGCCGAUGGAGUCCUUCGAGCGCGUGGCGCGGUUCCUGACGGACCUCACUCACGGGAAUGGCUCCGCGUUUGCGGAGUACAAGCAGCGGGAGCGCCAGGACUGGCGUCGGACGCCCCCGUGUGAUCCCUCUGGUUCCAAGCCGUGUAUGGUUCCCGGGGAGAAUACCGAUGAGGCGCAGAUGGGCAUCCUAUGCUCCGAUGGGCAGGAUAUUCGCGGGAUCGACAAGGAGAAGCUCAGGGACUACUGGCAUACGCUGCGUAACCAGAGUAAGACCGUGGGGGACAUCUGGGCUGAGAUCCGCUUCACCUGCAUCGAGUGGAAGGCAAGGCCUGCAUGGCAAUUUGAGGGUAGACGCAUUGUUUGCCCAAUCGCCGGGAACACAUCUCAUCCGCUGUUGUUUGCGGGAAACACCUACGACCCAGUCACGCCUCUCCGGAAUGCAUUCACGAUGUCGAAGCAGUUUCCCGGGUCGGUUGUACUACAGCAGAACUCAGUGGGACAUUGUACCUUGAGCGGUCCGUCGUUGUGCUCGGCCAAGGUGAUCCGAGAAUACUUCCAGACAGGCGAGCUCCCCAGUCAUGGUAAGGUCUGUGAAGUGGAAGAAAAGCCUUUCCAUGUUCCCGGAGUGCAGCAAAGCAGCGGGUUGUCGGCUGCCGAUCUGUCCUUGCUCUCUGCUUUGCGCUCGCUGGCGCAGGAGGAGAGGUCUUUCAUGAGGGCUCCACCACUGAGCUCUUUCUGAAUCUGAUGUUGGAUUAUGCUGGGAUGGUUGCUCAAAUUCGGGUGGUCUGAAGACCGCGCUUGGUUUAUCAUGGCCCCAUGGUCAAACCACUUUGACCCUGUACAUUCGCUUACAUAUGCCACUGUAAAUAGGCUGGCUCUGCCUGGGAAGCACAUCCAUCAACGCUUGUAGUGAUAGCCCCAUAAGCAUAGUAGGUCUAUCUUAACGUUCAAGACGAAAUCGGCACCAUUGAUUCAUCUUGGCCCGGGGUUCCUGCAUCUAGACACGAUUUCUUAGUGGUU